AUGCACAUAGCACGGCGGAGCACGGCGCACGCGGACGCGAGCCCCGCACCACGCACCCUCGCACGCACGCACGCACGCACGCGAGCACGGACACGCCCAGCGCACGCCGCUGAGCCCCUGCACUUCGCCUGCACUGCAGGCCUUGUUCCAGGCACGGAAGCCCUCACGUUCACGGUGGCCGGAGGCGGCGUCUUCGCGGGCGGCCUGACGGGCCGCUCCUGGAUCGAGGAGGACUGGCAGCUGGACGCGGAUCUGGACGCGGACCUGGACGCGGAUCUGGACGCGGACCUGGACGCUGACCUGGACGACAUGGAGGAGGCUCUGAGCUCGGUGGGCUCCCCGACGCCCUCGUCUGCUCCGGACUCGCCCUCGCCGCCGCCAGCGCAGUCCGGAGGCGGCCAGGCUGCGUCGGGCGGCGGCGGUGACGGCGCGGGCCGCGCCGGCUCCCGACAGCGCUCCGCCAGGUCCAGCCGCUCCAGGAGGAGGAAGCCGACGAUGAACGCGCGCGAACGCAACGCGCGCCGCCUGGAGAGCAACGAGCGCGAGCGAAUGCGGAUGCACAGCCUCAACGACGCCUUCCAGGCCCUCCGCAACGUCAUACCGCACGUGAACGUGGAGCGCCGCCUGUCCAAGAUCGAGACGCUCACCAUGGCCAAGCACUACAUCAUGGCGCUCACCAAGACCAUCAACGAGAUGCGCAACAACCAGCGCAACCAGGUGGUGCCCGCGCCGUCGUCGCUGUCCGUGCUCGACCUGGACAGCAGCAUGGACGAGGACAACCUGAGCGUCGUCAACAACCUGAUGCAGUACGUGGACAAGCUGCCCCUCUCCGACUCGUCGAUGGGACUCGACCUCUGCCCGUCGGAUGGCGGUGACGGCGCCAGCAGCAGCGUCAGCGCCGUGUCCGUGCCCGCCUCCGUGUCCGUGUCCGUGUCCACCGCCGCGGUCGCCGCCGUGCCCGCCGUGACCGCGGGCUGCGGAGUGCAGAACCUGCAGGACGCGCUCGUGCUGCAGGACUCGGGCCUCGGCGACGGGUACAACUCGGGCUACAACUCGAGCGACGCGGACGGCGAGGUGGAUCCCGACGUGGACGUGGACGUGGUGGAGGCGCUGGUCGGCCAGACGGUGGUCCCGGAUGAGAUACUGGCCUUCGACCCCGUGCUGCUGGUGCCCUCGGAGUGGUACGGCGAGGAGCCCACCAUGGCCCCCGCCGCUCCCGCCACGCCCACAAGCUGCCCCAGAAGUGCACUGACCACGGCCGCUGCGGGCGGAGUGGGCGCGGUGGGCGCCUCACGGCAACUGCACGUCCAGUGGCGGAAAGAUUGAGGUGGGCAAGGAGAGAGCGAAUGCACUCGUGCAGUUUCACGAGCUGGCCGGGCUGGCGGUCAAACUGUCCCCUUAGCAAAAGAGAGGGAAUUCGUCCUAGGCUGUCUCUACGCUCUACCUAGCUUCUUGUUUGCCUAGUGCCUCUCUGCUCCCAGGAAAAUGUGUUGUAUCUCAAACGGUGCAAGGCAAUGCCGUUGCUAACCAGCCGUCGUAGUUCUGUCCAAUCUGUCCCCAGUCUAGACGGAAAACGGACCGCCCCUCUCGUGAGGCGGAGACUUGAACGUCGCCGUUUUGCGUUCUGCGUUCUCGUGCACAUACACCCCUACCUAGUCUAGGCUAGAGAAGAUGACCGCUGGAAACCUUUGCUAGAAAUAAAAUGCAAGCCCAGGCCAUCAUAUAGAGUAGCUAUCUAGGGGAUCAUUGGGGAAGUACCGUUAGGGAAGUAGCAGGGACGCCAACAUCCACUGUGUUCAAUUGGCAUUGUAGUAAGCUUGUUGUGGCUACACCUUGCUGUCUUUGUUCUUUCUUAUUUUACGACACUGCGCAAGCUCCUCAUAAAUCAUUGGAGGAGACUUAGUGGUACUCGGAAAGUUUGUUAUGCGUAAUUAUAAUAAGAUCACAAGUGUCAUAAGUUCAAAUAAUGUCCAAGUAUUUUAGGGCAAGUGAGAUAAGUAUACAUUUUAAAAGAUAUGUUGUUUUAUAGGUGUAAAUAUAAAGAUUUUAAUUGGUUUUAUGUACAUAUUUACUAUAAAAGCACUAAAUGCAAUUUGUAUAAAUUAAACCUAGUUCAAAGAUAUAAUUUGAUGUGAUUUUUUCCAUAGAAAAAUUGUUAGAAUUUGAAAUGAGUAUACGCUUAUAGUAUCUGAUAUGUUAGAGCUCAAUUGGGUGUAUUUUCCUUAUUGUAAAUAUGAGAAUAAAUGCUGACUAAUAAGUAACUAAUGAUGGGGCUGUGCCAAGAAGCACAGAUGAGUUCAGGAAAGUUGAGAUAGCAGGGCAUUUGAACUCUGGACAGCUCUAUCUUGUCCCUUGUGGAGAGGAAGAGACUGACGCACCAUGAUAAGGAGUUUAGUAUGCCUAUGUUUUGCCAUCUCAAUAAAAAUGAUGAUUGAAAUGGAAUUGCAGAUUUUGGGUUUGGCAGAAACAAAAAUAUCUAUGUAGAUAGUGAUGUCUUUCAUAUCGCUUAAGCAACAGUUUCUUCAAGAAGGUAGUUUACUGCAAAAAUGAAAAAUUAAUGAACUAGAGCCUAUUAGUGAUUACAGAUGGUAGACGUUAAGAAAAGUUAUGCAAUACAUGCAAGAGUGUUCAGCUUUUGUGCAUAGUAAUCAAUGAAACACAGGGAUUCUGAUCCUUUUUGUGAAGAGUCAUUGAUUAUUUUUGUAAGUAUUGGUUUCCUCUAUCCAAAACAAAAACGUUACACUAUGCACCUUCUCAUAAUGAGAUGGAUUGUAGAAUAUUGACCUUCAACUUUCGCUUAGACUGCACGGACAAUCAGAGAAACUCAAUGCAAAAUUUUUCUUCUGCAAGUGAAAUACACUCAUCAAUCAGGCUCAAAGGUGUUAGGUACAGCAUAUAGCUUCUGCUUCUGCUUCUUUAAAAAAAAAAAAAAAAAAAUCAGUCAUGAUUCUUUUAUGUUAGUGUUUUUGUUUUUGUAAAUAUUUCAUUUUCUUGUUGCUGUUGUCUUAAUAUAUUGUAGUUGGCGAUUUUUCAACUUUAAGUCAUUAAAAAACAAAUACCAUUAUUUUAAAAUAAUGGGAAAAGUAGAAAUAUGAUGUUGAAGCAUCAAAAGUUUCAUUGUUUUAAAAAGUUAUUUGAGGUGAAAAUGUGUGCCUUGAUGUCACACAUGCAUGCAGAGAAGAUGAAGCAAAAGCAUUUUAACAUACUGUAGUCAAACCAUUCCUGACUCCAGUCUUAUGAUCCUCUCCAUUGGCACUAAGCAGGAUAUAGUACCCUAUACAUCGACAACACAAGUGAUUAGAGUAUGCUUUGAAACUUGCCUCUAGAUCUUAAUUUGAACAAUGCAAGAGAUAGUAGUCAACGAACUGUUGAAGUAUACAUAUUUAUUCUAUCAAAGUGUAGAAUUGUACAAAUAACUAGGUCACAUUAAUUAAAUUGUUACGUUCCUAGAUAAGCUUCAUGAAUUUUGAACUGUAGUGAAAAAAUAUCAUGUUUCUUUCCAAAAACUAGCUUGUAGAGGAUAAACAACAGAAAAACAAUUUUGUUUUUUCUUAGCUCUAUAUCACACUGUUUAGACUCGGCUGACAAAGCUAUUCAUAUGCCAGUAAAAGUUAGCAACUAGAAGGGUGAAUAUAUUCACUUUGCCGACUUGGUGAAAAAUGCAAGUGAAAAGUGUAGCUUCUUUUUAAUAUGGGAAAGUACUUAAUCCAAACAAAAAUCUGUGAACAUAGGCUUUUUUAAAAUUUCAGCUAUUUCAUAGUGGCAAAAGAUUUUGUUGUUGUUGUUGUUUUUUUGGGAAUGAUAUGGCAUCCAGGCAAAACCUUGAGAUUGAGACUAGUAUAACGUUGAAGUUUGGUUCUCAACUGUGCAUGAAUCCUCUGAAUGGCCAGUGACUUGUGAAUCUGUUUUCUGUAGAAAUCAGUGCUACCUUGAGCGAUGCACCAAAGGUUGUUUAAGGUAAAAUUUAGUUGCAGAAUUAUUUUUGAUGAAAGUGAAUGAAGUUAAUACUAUUUUUGAAAUGGGUACUAUUUAACGCAAAUGUGUUCUUGAACUGUCAAGUGUUUGAACUUCGUACACUAAAAGCAAAUUUAAAAAGUAGAUUUACCACAGAGCAAUUUGGAUCUUGCAGAUCUUGAAACUGGUUGGAUUUUGAGAAUUUUCUGUAGACAUGAUUGGGGAAAGAUGGGGAAAAUUAAACAAUGAACAAAAAAGUUGUGUUGUUUCCUCUUGCCUUUUUAUUAAUGACAAAACAUAGUUGUCAUAAUCACAAAGACUCAAGU